AGUCACAUACCGAAGAGGUGAAACAAAGUUUAUGUACCCCGUAGAUAUGACUCGAAGGAUGAGCAGCAAGGGUGACCUGUGAUGUUUUCUGGUAAUUAAUACCAGCACAGAGCUGAUGAUGAGCUGUGUGUGGUUUUGGGAGUGGAUUGAUCUGAAACUUCAUUCUUCGUCAAACAACUCUGACCGGUGGAAGUAAAUUAUGCAGCGAUGAAUGCAGGGAAAUCUUCUUUGCCACAAUUUCCGUCAAAUUGAUAUAGAAGAUCCCUCAAUUUCCUGAGAUUUCUGGCUGGCUGGCGGCAUACAAUACUUUUCCUCGGAGGAUAUCUCAAAAUUGGUUUCUUACACUGCUAAUGCACCCAGUGCCAUGUAUGCUUCGUCUCUUUAGUAGGACUUCUCAAAAGCGGCUUGGUAUGCUGCUCUGUGGAAAGGCGAUUGCCCCGAGCUCGAAAGGCUCUUGGAUGGCAUCCAUGGGCACAUUUUGGUUCGGACGUAUCACGAUUAGGCCGAAGCACAAACCGUCGGAUGCAACUGGAAAGGAUGCAAUGUCCUGCACGUGGCCGUCAAGCAGGGCUCGGAGGCUCUGAUGACGAAAUCCUCGACUUCUUCGACGACUGAGAAACGCCACCAGUUCUCGUGAAGAACCAGCCUCGCACUCCUCAUGUGUCCUUAACGUACGGCAUGAGUUUGAUCCUCGCAUUCGAUGGCAACUGCAGGUUCGACGCCGUCGCCAUAGCCCUGCUCAAUGGACACGAGAGAAUCGUCAGGAUUCUCGCAGUCGCUCUCGUUCGUUUAUGUCGAUCGAACCCCUAUCAAAUCCAGGAAGCUCUCGAGCCUCCCCCUCCGAUACUCGAGGACCGAAGCCUGAACAGAUUACAAGGGAUCACGUCGCGAGCUGGGCCAAAGUCAUCACGCGGUGGCUGCGCUGUUCCAGCGAAGCCACGAGUUCAGUUUCAUACCGAUGGAAUUGUCUCUCUUCCACGCCUAGUGCGCUUGCAGCGAGCGGAACACGGAAUUUGAGCUGCUGGACACGGUGAGAAAUUGCGAGCAGAAGCUUCUGUCGAAGGCUUUGCAGCUGCGUCGAGCCAAAGAGCUCGAACGAUUGUUCAAUCUGGAAGACGGCAGAGGAUCCGCUGCACGUCGCCGUGGAUCACGACGCGAUCAAGGAAUUCUUCCGCCUCUUAGAACCUGCUGAAAUGUACGACUUCAAAGAAGCGUUCUGGGGAGAGAUUCUGAACAGAUGAGAUGGAGGAGGGAGGACGCCAUUGCACAGAGCUGCCUCCUCCAUAGAAACCCCGAAAGACUUGAAGCUUAUCAUGAAAGACCAUGAAACGGACCUGGCUCUCACCUUCGGAUGGAAGGAUCUGGGCGACAUCUCGAGCAUCGUCGACCAGGUUUCCGUGAGAAACGGCUUCGGCAAGGCUACGUUCGAGGGAGCCUUGGCCAGCCACAUCUCGUGCUACAAUCCUCGCGGUGCGAGGAUCAUCAAGAAAUUUCGCCCCGGAGCAUUGAGAUCUAGCAAAUGCAACAUGCGGAGCACGAGGACGACGACAGCUAGAACAAGAUUUUGACUCUGCUGGAGCUGGCUGCCAGCGUGGGGAACACGCCCAUGGUUCAGCUCUUCUUCAUACACUCGAGCUUCCACAAUCCUUUCGACGUUGCAACUCACAACUUUCUCUCUAGCAGACUCGGUCCGAUUCCGAUGCUGCGAUCAUGUCUUUGUGUUGGCCGUGCCCCGACUAUGCACAAUGGUCAGUACUCUCUAAAUGCGGCAAUGGGACUCUCGAGUUCCUUAUUUGAAGUAUUUCGUUUUCAGAAAGUUCCACAUUUAGGACGAAAGUUGUCCUUGUUGAUAUAGGUGACUUUACUAGAGAAAUUAACGGUUUCACUUGACUAAAACUUUUAGUUAAUAGUCUUUGUUGAUAUAGGCGGCGUUACUAGAGAAACUAAAGUAAAUACUCAACCAAAACUUUGUGACGUUU